AGGGGAGGAGCAACUUAUUAUUUCACCAAAACGAAACUACAGAGAUUCUGAACUUAGGAAACCCGUUCUACUUAGCUGAGUUUGAAAGAUUUUCGGCAAUUUUAUACACAUAAAUUGUAGACAGCAUAACACAGUAAGUACCAACAGAAAUGGCUUCCUGCAGCAGUCUCCUGUCUGAAGAUCAGUUCCAGUGUUCUAUCUGUCUGGAUGUGUUCAUUGAUCCAAUCUCUAUUCCAUGUGGACACAACUUCUGCAAGGCCUGUAUCACCAAGUACUGGGACAACUGUGACCUGUGUCAAUGUCCCAUGUGUAAAAUGACUUUUGAUAAGAGACCAGAUCUCUAUGUCAACACUUUCAUCUCUGAAAUGGCUGCUCAGUUUAGGAAGUCAGAGCCACUGAAGGCUGCCAUUAGUUCAGACCUGCGUCCUACUAAACCUGAAGUGUCAUGUGACUACUGUACAGGUACCAAGCUCAAGGCCCUGAAGUCCUGUCUGGUGUGUCUGGCCUCUUACUGUGAGACUCACCUGGAGCCUCAUCAGAGAGUUGCAGCCUUGAAGAAACACAAGUUGAUCGACCCUGUGGAGAACCUGGAGGACAGGAUGUGUCAGAAGCAUGAGAGACCCCUGGAGCUGUUCUGCAGGACUGACCAGACGUGUGUGUGUCGGUUCUGCACUGAGACGGACCACAAGACCCACGACACUGUUCCUCUCGAGGAGGAGUGUCAAGUGAAGAAGACUCAGAUGAAGAAGACAGAGGGAAACAUGCAGCAGAUGAUCCAGGAGAAACUGGAGAAGGUUCAGGAGAUCAAACUCUCAGUAGAGAGCAGCAAGAGAGAUGCCAAGAGAGAAAUAUCAGACAGUGUUCAAGUCUUCACUGCUCUGGUGCGCUCCAUUGAGAGAAGCCAGGCUGAAUUAAUUGAGGUGAUUGAGGAGAAGCAGAAAGCAGCAGAGAAACGGGCUGAAUUGUUGAUUCAAGAUCUGGAGCAGGAGAUCACUAAGCUGAAGAGGAGAAGCACUGAGCUGGAGCAGCUCUCACACACUGAGGACCACCUCCACCUGCUGCAGAGAUUCCCAUCCCUGAGCACCCCUCUACACACCAAGACCUGGUUGGAGAUCAGUGUCCACAGUGGUCUGAGUGUGGGGGCAGUGAGGAGAGCUGUGUCUCAGCUGGAGGAGACACUCAAUAAAGAGAUGGAGAAGCUGCCUGAAGUCAAGCUGAAAAGGAUUCAGCAGUAUGCAGUGGAUGUGACUCUGGACCCUGAUACAGCACAUCCCUAUCUCAUCCUGUCUGAGGAUGGGAAGCAAGUGACACAUGGAGACAUGAAGCAGGAUCUCCCUGACAAUCCAGAGAGGUUUGAUUAUUGUUCCUGUGUCCUAGGAAAGCAGGGCUACUCCUCAGGGAGGUUCUACUAUGAGGUGCAGGUUCAGGGGAAGACUGAGUGGGAUCUGGGAGUGGCCAGGGAGUCCAUCAACAGGAAGGGGGAGAUCACACUGAGUCCUGAGGAUGGAUACUGGACUGUUAUCCUGAGGAAUGGUAACACGUAUAUAGCUACUGACCCUUGUGUCCUCCUCUCCCUGAGACAGAAGCCCCAGAAGGUGGGGGUGUUUGUGGACUAUGAGGAGGGUCUGGUCUCCUUUUAUAAUGUGGAGGCCAGGUCUCAUAUUUACUCUUAUACUGGCUGCACCUUCACUGAGAAAGUCUAUCCACUCUUUAGUCCUAGUCUGAAUGAUGAAGGUGACAACUCGGCACCUCUGAUCAACAGUCCUGUAACACAUUGAAAAAGAAAGUACUUUCCCUUUUGCCAGAGGGAAAGUACAACUGAUUAUAAAACAAAUUCAGAAUCAGACAAAAGAAUGAUAUAUUGUCUAGAAUAUUGUGUAGUAAUAGUUUUCACUGAUACUUUUAUUGUAUGUUAUAGUGAAUGGUAUGACUAAAGCACAAAAAAAAUGGAAUGACCCAAAUAAUAAUAGUAUAUAUGAUUAAACAAUCACAGAUUUUGUACACAAAUGUGUAUCCCGGUUACAGUAAUCUCAAUCAUAUAUAACAGUAAGUUAGUGUUGCCUUUAUGUAACCCAUUCUCUACUUGUAUAACACACCCCUUAAACUAGGAUACAUGUGUGUUCCCUACAUCUGGUGUUGUCUUCCACUCGACGUUCAUCAUAAGGUCAGGGGUCAGCAAGAUCAAUCCUGGAUCUACUAAUGGUCCUCCUCUGUCCACCAGAGGGGACACAUGUCAGGUCUUUGUUCUCAGUACCUCCAUCUGGGUUGUCUCUUCCUCAUCUCUUCUUCGUCUCUCUUUACUGUAUACAUGGAGCUCUCUGACCUUGAAGCGACGAGUCUUGCUAAGACUCUCCUUCCGUUGUCAUUCUAAUCUUACAGUCUGAAGUAAAUUGUUCUCUUCUGUCACCUGUUGAGAAUUUGUAUUUACUGUCACUCAUUGUCACACAGACUCAGACAUAUACACACAAUUGUCACAGACUACAUUUAAUAUGAUACAAUCAACACUUUCCUAUUGCUCAUGUGUAAAAUGCAGCAAUAGAAUGCACUGUCAUGGCCAAAAGUAUUGAUGGUGCCCAUUUGUAUUGGCUGGUUCAGUAAUUGUAGAUUAUUUCACGUUUUUAUUGUAUACUGGAAACCAAUAAUGCACAUUUCAUUAGUUUUAAAGGCUUUAAUUGGCAAAAACAUUCAAUAUAUAGGAAGAGUCCCCCCUUCUAUAGGAAUAAACCUGCUUUCAUAAUGCAAUCAGAAUGACAGUGAUUUCACCUGACUAUAAAUUGUUCACACUUUCCUAUGUGCUGAUGAUAUGAUUCUGUCAUGUCCACACAUACAGUAGAAACACAACCAGGAGCUACCUAAUGCGAGGCUCCAUUGAGAGCCAGCUGGUGUACUGAGUUCCCUAUGGGCUGCAGGGUAGGAGGCUGGG